UCAUAGACAUAGUUCACAUUCGAUUCCACUCAAAGCCUUCCCUCUCCUCGUCGUCCUCCGCCCACCAGCCCCAUCCCCUCUUUUGAUCCCUUCCGCUGCCCCAAAAUCAAAUCUUUCUUUUUCCUCCCAUCCCUCUCUGCUGUUUCCUCUUCCUCCUAUUCCACUGUGCUCUUGCUAGGGUUUCUCUGCUUUUUCCUCUUACUAUUAUUAGCUAAGAGCUCUGUUCCUGUAGCCUGAUCACCCACAGCACUACAGCACUCCCCUCGAAAGGCACCCUUCUGGCCCUUUCUUGCUUGGCUUCACACUCUGAGGUUCAAAGGGUCUCCGGUGAUCCGCCCAAGAUGGGUCCUUUGUGAUGGUGGGGGCGAGCUCCAGUUCCUCACAUGGCGGGCCUCACUUAGUCCAACAAACUUGAAUUAGCCUCCUGCUUCAGCUCGCUUGAUCGGCUCUGAUACCGUGAUCUUCAGUAUCCUUUCGAUGGCGUAUCACCAGACGGUGGCCGGGUCGCCGUUAACUGCCGUGAGGGACACGACGUACACGAAGGUGUUCGUGGGAGGGCUCGCGUGGGAGACUCAGAGCGACUCCCUCAGGCGCUUCUUCGAGCAGUUCGGGGACAUCUUGGAGGCCGUCGUGAUCACUGACAAGAACACUGGCCGAUCCAAAGGUUAUGGUUUUGUGACAUUCCGUGAUCCCGAAGCUGCGAGGAGGGCUUGUGAGAACCCAAGUCCGGUAAUUGAUGGUAGGAGGGCAAACUGUAAUUUGGCUGCUCUUGGACGCCUCCGGCCCCCUUUUUCUUUCGGGCGAGUAAGACCAGUGAUACCUCUGAUUGGGAGUGUGCAGAACCCGAGAAGUCCUUACGUUGGAAACCCCAGUUAUCAUCAACCUGGUGGUUCUUAUGGUUAUCAGCCGGGAUUCGUAUAUCCCCCCUACGGAUACACCACAUAUGCCCCCGAGUAUGUCUAUUCACAGGGUGCUUACAACCCUUAUGUACCGCAGCAAUACCUUCAUGUUUAUGGUGUGCCGGGGGUACCUACCACAGGACCUUACUCUUAUGGACAACUGGGGCACCCUACUUCGGGAAGUCAUGGGUACACAUCGCUCCAGAACUAUGGAGUGCCAGGUCAGCAUCUAGUGCAAUUCGCUGGGCCCAACCUCAACGGACCAACCACAGCUCCUCCAAUUCCAACUAUUCAGGCACCUUAUCCCACAGGUGUGGGUGGACCGGUUCCGGGACAGCCACAGAUAAUUGUAACUGCUCAUUCUCCACAGUUCACUAGUGGUUCUGAUCAAACAGCUGGUUGAGUUUUCCAUUGGAAAGUCACAUCGUCAGGUAAUCCUUAGAUUGCGGCGGGACUUAGAGCUGCAGUACCGCUACUUCAGCGGCAGGCUCCGAAUCUUAGCCUUGCAAGUUGUCAUCUUGGCAUCUAGAGGUCAUCUUUUGUUGUGACGAUCAAAGAUCGAAGUCAGCUGUAAGAUGUUGAGUCACUACUCUGAACCCAAACCCCAGAGUCUGAGGCCGUGGCAAGAAGGUGUUGGGACCACUCUUCCAUCGCCCUCCAAAGAACGUGUUCUCGGCCUUUCUCCCCGAGUUGGCUGCCCAGGAAUGCGGUUUUCCCUCGCAGCCAAAAAACAUGUUGAAAGAAAAAAGACCGAUCUUGUCCUGUGUCAUGAAAGAAUCAACAUAUGAUUCUACUGCAUCAUCCUAACCGAACCGUGGAGCAGGUCCAGGUUCAGGUUUCUAGUUCGGUUUGCAUCAGUAGCUGUGGUCAUCAUAUAUCUCCAUUUCUGCAUCUCUCGUUUGCAUCUUUAACGUUUCUGUUUACAGAACUCCCAAUGCUGGUAUAUUCUUUUACCAGUAGGGCGCCCGUAGAAUUUCCCCUUUUUUCAUCUCCAACUUUUUGUUCCGGUUUCUUAAGGAAGCCAAAUUCAUAACCAAGUGUGGGCAGUACACUAUUGCACUUCUUUCUUUUCCCAGUUUCUUUUUCCUGGACUCUACUAUUGCGACGAUUUCUUUGUAGUCGUAUUCUCGUGUUGGACUAAGUGAGUAGUUUUUAUCAGU